AUGGAGGUGACUGGGAGGCCCGACAACGCGGAUGUCUGGCUUACGAAGGCAGACAAAGAGCAGAGGCUGUCGCCACCCUUGACCAGCGUUAAUCUGCGGGAUCUGUGUAGUACCGUCUUGGAUCUGCGCCGGUCACCUGUGCUGUGCAAGGCGCACCCAAAUAACACGGGCCAGCUGAUGAAGCACACGUUCUUCAAGGGCCGCAUCUGGUUCUCUGGCAUUGCCAAGUGUCACGUGCGGCUGCGGCCCUCCAAGGAGCCGGAUCACAAUCGGGCGCUGUCAUGCCAGAGGUGCACAGCCGCAUCCAAGGAAACAUACGGGCAACACUGCUCAGUGUACCAUGUGGAUCUCCUGCCAACGAACGUGGCGCUAAACAUCCUGGGCAGGCUCCCCCACAAGCUGCAGUUCCGGGUGCUGGUCUGUGCCGCUCGUCAGCAGACCCCCGAGCCCAUUGUGGCAGCCGCGAUCGCCAACCCCGACGUGAUGGGCUACUUCAAGUUCUACAAGAUCCUGCUGGAGAAGGCCCGCCUGCCCUUGGCCCGCGCCGUGCGCCUCUUCGCCGACAAGGACUCCGCGCCCGUGCUGGUGCACUGCAUCCACGGCAAGGACCGCACCGGCGUGGUGACCAUGCUCCUGCUCCUGGUCUGCGAUGUUGACCCUGGCGCCAUUGUGGAGGACUAUGUGCGGUCGGAGCUGAUCCUGCGGGAGUCGCGGGACAACAAUGAGCUCGUCAGCCUGCCGGGGCACCUCACGACCAACGAGGUGAUCGCGGCGGCGGCGUCGGUGAUAGAGGCGCUCAUGGACUACAUGACCCGGCGCUGGGGCGGCGCCAAGCAGUACCUGGUGCGGGCGGGGCUCACAGUGCAAGAGCUGGCGGCCAUACGGGUGAACUACAUGCUCUCAAACCAGGGGCAGGCGGCGGAGGAGCAGCAUGUCAGCGCUGCACUGCUGGCCAGCAGUGGGUCCCACUCUGGGCGGCACAGGAAGCGAGCGUGA